UCCUGUUGCCAUAAACACUAAAUAAGCUUUUUGCUUCACAAGUUGUUUAUUGAUGGACUGGGAUGAGGAUUAUUGUGAUGUUUUUAUCAGCUGUUUGGGCUCAUUCUGACAGCACCCAUUCACUGCAGAGGAUCCAUUGGCGACAUUAGUCCCAAGUCUCCUGACCGACCGGUGGCGCUACAGCGCAAAAUUGGCCGUAAAGACUUUAAAACCGGAAUGAAGCAGAUUUCAAAAUACAAACCUCUUCAAGAAAAUGGCGGAAGUCGUGGAACUGCAUAAACUCAAGUUGGCAGAGCUGAAGCAGGAAUGUACUGCUCGUGGCCUGGAUGCCAAAGGAAAUAAAGCCGAUCUGAUUGCCCGGCUGCAGGCUUACCUGGAAGAGCAUGAAGAAGUGAAUGAAGAAGAAGUUCUGGAAGAAUAUGGUGAGGAGCCCUUUGCCAAAGAAGAGACGGAUGACCAGAAGCAAGAGUUUACUCCUCCUGAAGUGGUGACUGAGAAAAAACUGGUCAAGAUAAGCCCUCCUGAUGAGGUUGAUGAGCGGCUUCAGAAAAGAGCGGAACGCUUCAAUCUUCCACCGAAUGCGGACAGCAAAAAGGCGGCACGGGCAGCAAGGUUUGGUUUGGAAGAACCUGAAUCUGUGUCGUCCAAAGGAACUUCAACCAAACCAAAUGUUGACGUUGAGGUAUUAAAGAAGAGAGCAGAACGUUUUGGCAUGAAUGUCUCUUCAGUUUCUAAAAAGAUUGAGGAUGAUGAAAAGCUUAAGAAGAGGAAGGAGAGAUUUGGCAUUGUCACAAGUGCAGCGGCUGGUGGAGCCAAUGAUACAGAGGCGUAGCUUGACUUUUGAGCUUGGGGGGGGCCAAACCAAGCCAGUCGAUUUGGCAAAGAAGCGAAAACGUGCUGAGCGGUUUGGAAAUGUAUAAAAAAAAAAAUGGCUCUUACCCUUUUUCUACUUUUUAUUAAUUUUUUUUUUUUUUUUUUAAGUGUUCUUUGCGGUUCAUUUUGUGAUAAGCUUGUAAUCCCUGUAGUGCCAUGGUUGUUUAUCUGCUAUUUACAUUAAAAGUACCCCAGUUCCUUACUAA